UCGACAAAUCCGCAGUCACACUAGCGUACGCUCCAAUCAAAGAACCGAUCCAAAAAACUUUAAAAGAAUCAAAAUGCUGGAGGGCGUACUCAUCGAGAUUCGCCCAUACCUAAACUGUGGCCAAGUGUAUGUCAAACUGAAUCGCAAUAGAGCCAACAGAAUGCGCAUCUUUGUCCUGGAGAAGAGAAUCUACAUCGAUGAUGCAGACGAAGGAACAGGUAAAAGCAGCAACACCGAGAUCAUGCGCGUAAACGAGUUCGACCUGGAUCUCGGCAGCCUGUCCGGCUUCCUUUUGAGCGGCAAAAACAUGAGCUUUCGCUUUAAUUUCAACCAAUUAACCAUGUCUGCCCUUGACAAACGCACGGUAAGGGUGCUCAUGCAGCCGCUACUCCUAACAUGCCGCGAGAGUGACUCCCUGGCGAUCCAAUGCGUGGGCUGCCAGGCAGAGGUCGCACCGCUGCGCAUCUACAGGCGCAUGCGUGAGUUUCCCAACUGCAUUGUGGAUCCAAAUGAGUUCUUCUGCCAUGGACACGGAAGCAUGGGGUGCCAGGACAAACCAUACAGCCUGUUGCCUGGCGAGAGAGACCUGUUCUACGGUCUGAACAAUGUGAUCAUACGGAUGGUAAAUCUGAGCAAUAUUGUGCAGCGUGGCGAGCACUUGCAUUGUCAGCGGUGCCUGCGCUUCCUGGGCAUGGCCAUCUUCAAUGGCGCAGCGGCCAGACUGUGGGCCGACACCGUCCGCUGGGUGCCGUUCGCCCAGAAAGCAUACGAACAGCAGCCGGCCAGCCGUCACUUCUUUCAGUUCUCCACCCUGACGGAGCUGGUGUUGCGCCUGCUCAACAGCCUAUGGCCACACAUGCUGCCAUCGAUAAACCUGACGGGCAGCCGCGCCGUGUUGUUCGCCUCUCCCACGUCGCAGCAAAAGCAGUAUAUGCUCAUCCGUGUGGUGGAGCCGCAGCUGAGAGUGCUGCGUCGCAUCAGUGGACAUGCGCCCGAGCUGCACGGCCACUAUGCCAUCAAGCUGAACUACGGCAUUGUCGAGGACUGCCAGGCGGAGCCGCCGGCUAUUGUGCAGCGCUGGCAGACGCACCAGGAUGUCUCCCAGUUUGAAAUCUCGCCACAAAUGUUCAUGAAGCUGCGCCAGCGCCUGGACCAUAACGCCGAGUACCAACCCAUAGAGUGGCGCCACAAUGUGAUGUCAGAUAAUCUCAUCCUCACUUACUUCAUCUUCGAGGAAGAAGCUCAGCCGGGCAGAGUCAGUGUGCCUCCACCGAAGCUACUCUGCAACGAGGAACACAGCAGCGACAGCGAUGACGAACAGUCUGAUCCAGGCAGCGUGAAUUCCACCCGUGAGCGCAGCCUUCGACUCAGACGUGCCAUAUCCCUGCCGAGUGUGCUCGAUGAUAAGUCCAAUCACAAGCGUCUGCUCAAGUUGCACCUGCAUCUGGCCAAUAAUAAGUUUGGUUCGAGCCACGAUGCUUCCUUAAACUAAUUCUCGUAUCCUUCCUUUCUUUACAGACAGAGUGGCAGAAGAACAGAGCUUCUGCUGCUCCAUUUUUGUUGAAUAAUUUCUCCCCCAAAGCAUAGUUUAUUUGACGCAUUUAUUUAAGAGUUAUAAACAUUUUUCUCAACAAGUAUUAGGCUAGAGGAAGUACUAGAGUAAGUGGAAGUAAUGCUAGUCCAGCUGGUACAGUGCGUUCCAUGGCCAUGCAACCAGUGGCUGUGAUUCCUGGAUAUAUUUUUGUUAUGUAUUUUUCUUGUUUUCGGUUGUAUUCUAACGCUGUGAAACGCACUGUACCAUGCAUUCAUUUUUGCAUGUUUAAUGAAAAAUUUAAGCUAAGAGGAA